GGAUCGGCGUCGCGCCGCGUUUCCAGCAGGACGCGUUUCCAAACCUGGACUAUUUUACGCGUUUUUUAUUCUGAUCGAGUUCACAAGACGCCGUUUUUCCCCCCCUUUCUACAAGGGUUUGCUUUCUUCAACUUCAUAAAAGGGGGUAACCACAGACUACUAGACGCUCUGACGUCCGCAUCCCAGAUUUUUAAUGUGCAUAUUGUUUUGCUUUUCUCCAGCAGUCGGAGAAACGAACCUCGUCCCUCCAGCAGCCGUUACGCGGGGAUGCUUGUGUAGAUUUCCGUGGGGUUUAUUAUUUUUUUGGUUUAUUUGUUUGUUUGUUUGUUUGUUUUAUCCACCGCACCCCCUAAAUCUCCCAACAUCUUUUCGAGCCGAAGGAGGAAAAGACAACAUCCUUAAAGCAUCCUAGUGUGGAGCAGAUCCCCGGAACCAUGGCUCGUCCGCAGAUUCGGACCGGGAUUUAAUUCAUCUGAGUGACACGAAGACGCCACUUUUCUGUCUUUCUUUCUUUCAUUUAUUCUUUCUCUCGUUUUUUCCCCCCCUUUUCUUUUUAUUUUUCGCUUUUUCCCCCCCGGUAGACCCUUUUUUCGUUACUUCUGAAUUAAAGUGAAAUGUAAUCAUGAUGUGUGAUGUGCUGUUGGUCGAGCUGCUCUGUGAUCUGUACGGAUUUCCAUAACCGGGGAAAACACCUUGGGACCAAUUACGAGCUUUUUAAAUACCCCACUUCUCUGCUCUUUUUUUUUUAUUGCAGAGCAAUCACACAUGUGAUCCAGUGGGUUUGAUUUGAGCGAUUGAUUUGGCCCGUUUUAUUCCCCUUUCCGUUCCCUGUGUUGGAUUUUUUUUUUUUGUUCUAAUCUUUGAUCGUUUUGGACCACGGGCGGUUGGAUUACUGAAGGUGUACAUAUAUAUAAACGGAUUUGUGGAAAUGUUGGGUCCUCACCAAGAAACAAUAUGUGGAAUUGUCUCUGCUCUGACAGUGUUGUCGUCUGUCUGCUUUGUACAAUGCAAUUCUGCUGCAUCUGGAAUAUCUGUGGCCAAAUCGACAGUGGACAAACUGUUGAGGGGGUAUGACAUCCGUCUCCGGCCGGAUUUUGGAGGUCCCCCAGUCAUUGUGGGAAUGAGCAUAAAUAUCGCCAGCAUUGACUCCAUCUCAGAAGUCAACAUGGACUACACCAUCACUAUGUAUUUCCAGCAGAGCUGGCGGGACAAACGGCUGGCGUACGCAGAGAUGGCACUCAAUCUGACCCUCGACAACCGCGUGGCCGAUCAGCUUUGGCUACCUGACACCUAUUUCCUGAACGACAAGAAGUCCUUCCUGCACGGGGUGACAGUCAAGAACCGCAUGAUCCGGCUCCACCCCGAUGGCACGGUGCUGUACGGACUGAGAAUAACCACAACGGCUGCAUGCAUGAUGGACCUGAGGAGAUACCCCCUGGACGAGCAGAACUGUACCCUGGAGAUUGAGAGCUAUGGAUACACCACAGACGACAUUGUGUUCUUCUGGCAAGGAGGGGACAGUGCUGUGACCGGAGUGGACAAACUGGAGCUGCCGCAGUUCUCCAUCGUGGAGCUGCGUCUUGUGUCCAGAGAAGUGAGGUUCACGACAGGCUCGUAUCCCCGGCUGUCGCUGAGUUUUCGCAUCAAGAGGAAUAUAGGCUACUUCAUCCUACAGACCUACAUGCCCUCGAUCCUGAUCACCAUCCUUUCCUGGGUGUCCUUUUGGAUCAACUAUGACGCCUCUGCUGCUAGGGUGGCACUCGGGGUCACCACGGUACUCACUAUGACAACCAUUAACACCCACCUGCGGGAGACCCUCCCAAAGAUCCCCUAUGUGAAAGCCAUCGAUGUCUACCUCAUGGGCUGCUUCGUUUUCGUGUUCCUGGCCCUUCUCGAAUAUGCCUUCGUCAACUACGUGUUUUUCGGACGAGGACCCCAGCAGCAAAAGAAAAUCAACGAUCGCCUCAACAAAGCUAACAACGAACGCCCACGUUAUGAGGACAAACGCCUGCGAGACCAGGACUCCAUUUCAGCGCCGUUUCAAACCAACACCCUCAGGUCAUACACACAGCGAAGAAAUCUGUAUCUCGAGGAACAAAGAAAAGUUGGGGUGGACGCUUACGGAAACAUCCUGCUCACCACGCUGGAGAUGAACAAUGAGGUGAUGCCGUCAGACGUGGGCAGCAGCGUAAGUGACUCGCGCAACUCUGUCAUGUCGUUUGACAGCUCGGGCGUGCAAUUCCGUAAGCCUGUCGGUUCCUCACGUGACGGCUUUGGCCAUCACUCGCUGGAGCGCGGCGCCAUGCGCAGCCGCGCCAACUGCCGUCUGCGGAGGCGCUCGUCCAAGCUCAAGCUCAAAAUCCCCAACCUGACGGAUGUUAGCACCAUUGACAAGUGGUCGCGCGUGAUUUUCCCCAUCACGUUUGGAUUCUUCAACCUCAUCUACUGGUUGUACUACGUGAAUUGACACACAACGUCCCCCCAGGAAACAUGGGCCAUAUUUUGAGAGCACACACUGAAUUGGCUUUGAUACAAUUGGAAAAUAUGUAUACACAUAUAGGAAAAGUUCAUACAUAUGUAUAUGCAUAUUUCUAUAUCUUAUAUUUCUAUACACAACAAUGCGGAAAGGACUUUUCUGAUGUAAAAAAAAAAACCAAACAAAAAAAAAGUAUUAUAUAGAUUGACUUGAAUGUUUAAGAAUCAUGUGAGACAAACAUUUCUUCUACUUCUGAAACUAACAAACACACGAACAAGAAAAAAAAAAAUCCUCCUGAGGGUUUGGAACUAAGGACUGCAUGAUAUUUUUGCUAAAAGAAAGAUUGCAAGAUAUACAGAAAAGGAUACAGCAGAGCAUCCUCAUUUGGCUUUUUAUUGAUACAUACUGCAAUCAACCUUUCCAAAAUGCAGCUCAUGAAAUCAGUCAUGGCUCGUAUGCUUUUGGGCACAGACCAGGCAGAACACAUUCCCUCAGCCCCCAAUGCUCCAUUCAGUGCGCCUCCUUUCCUCCAGUCCCUCAUGGAAGGGACUCACAAGUUGUUUUUUCCCCCGCCCCCCGAUUCUAUGCUGUACAGCAACGUCAUCCUUUGGAUUAUGUGGUGUUUCCUUGAUUUUUCUGUGAGAGACCUUUCUCUUUCCUAGGUAUAAAGCUCUGGUCAUUGGUUUACACUGGACGGCCAAAAAAAACAAAACAAAAAACAAAAAAAAAAAACACAAGCCCCGCCCAGAGUCUUCUUUUUCAUUUUUUUUUUUUUUUCCUCUUAAUUCCAUUUUUGCGAGUCUUGGGAAUUACUUUCAUUUUGGUUGUAAGGAUUCUGACUACUCUGGUUGCUAUUAUUUUGUCUUUGGAAAAAUUCGUACGUUCUGGGGAGAGCAGUUUAAUUAAGCAUAGAGUUAUAGAGUUAGCGCAUUUGCUAGAUAACGAGCCACCUAUAUGCAUUGUUCAUCUUUCUUUUUGUUUUUGUUUUGUUUGGAGAAAAAGGAAAACGGCAUCGCGUGUACAUUUACUCAAUAUCCUCAUCGAAUAUGGUUAGGUAGUAUAACUGUACUCUUACUUUAUUCUUGUUCCUAGUGAUAUUCAUCUGUUUUGUAGAUAAAGUACGCAUCGUCAUCAUCGACUUUGUGUUGUGUGAGGACGUAAAAAAAAAAAAAAGGGACGGUGGUGAGCUACAAGUUGUUUGUCUGAGCUUGGUUUUGAAGUUAGUCCAUCAACUAUAUGAAGUUGUAUUUUAAAAAAAAAAAGAAAAGAAAAAAGAAAAAGAAUAAUGUGUAUUAAAACAGAACAGACGGUCAUUGUUUUCAAACCUGCUGAAUAUUUAAAUGAUCAGCCCAUUGUGUGACCUGAUAUUGUAUGUGCCAAUUCACUCAUCUUUAACGGCCCAUUCUGAGAACAAUUCAAUAUGUUUGGGGUUUUUGUUUGUUGUUGUUUUUGUUUUUUGUUUUUUCGUUGUUGUUUUUUUUUUGGUUCCUCUAAAAUGUGCCUGUCUGCAACCUGAAGUAGGUGUCCUCAAUCGAUCACUGAAGUAAAAGAGGGCUAAAUGGCGCUCGAUCUUUGACCUGCAGACCCACCCACAGCCCUGAUGUUACACAUCUUAGGAUUCAAUCCCAAAGACUGAUGACAUCAGCAUGAUCAGGAAAAAAAAAAAAAAAAAGAAAAAAAAAAAAAAAGAGCUUCUGAGUCUUAAUGGGGCAAAAUAAGAUGUACGAUAAAAGCCAUGAACUGACGUGACAACCAAAAAGGCCUAUAAACCCAUUCUUAUGUCAUUCUUAUGAAUUUCAGUGUAAUAUCCUCUCAUCAUGUCAUGCAGCAAACCUCAUGUACG